AGGCUGGGGUUUCCUUGGCAAGGUUUCCUGAGGGGAGGGGUCUUGCCAUGGCCCCUGGCCCUCCUCUGGGGCCGAGGAGGAGAGUGUCACACUGCCACUCGAGGGAGGCCUAGCGGGGGCCUGGGACUAAGCCUGGUCUCCAGGGAGAGAGAGGGAAGCGGGGGUUCUGGCUUCGAACGCGGCGGCGGGCGGCGUCUGUUGGCGCCGAAGGAAGGCUCCGAGGGGCGACUAGGCCUCUUGUCCCUCCGCCAUCUUCUUCUUUCCCCUCCUCCUCCUCCUCCGUGGCUCCGCCAUGGCGCCGGCAGGGGACAAGGCCAGCAUGGAGUCAGGCCUCCUUGACCGGCGGAGUAGUGGCGAGCCAGUAGAGUGUUUGCAAGUUCCAAGGGGAACAUCAAUGGCAGUGAUCCUGAGACUUUGUUAUCCAGCUAUUCAUUUGGCAAAGUAAGUAUGGUUUCCCCUUAAGAAUAAAAAAAUGAGUAAGACUUAGACCAAGCACAAAUUGUUGCCCUGUCCACUAUACAUUUGCUACUACAUUUACAAUUUAUUCCACAUACAGUCCCAUUUUCAAGAUGCUUCAUAUUUAUGCCUAACUUUUGAGAACAUAAGCAAAAGAAGAGACUUGGUUUUAUUAUACGUACCAAACAGAAUUACUUUUCCUACAGUAACCAGAGUUCAGUGAAAUAAGAGGUAGCAAAGUUAGCUCAUAGAGGUAAAAGCCCGCCUUUCUAUUAUUUCAAUUGAGCAUUUGGUAUUGGAGAUAAUCAAGGACGCAGUCAUGGUUGUAAAUAUUGCAGUGCCCUCUGGACGCUUUCUUAAUUGAAGUUUGUCUUUACAACUAGUAUUUUUGAAUUACAUAAAAUGUGGUGGCUCCUAACUUUGUGUUUAAUGCAGUCAAAAACAAAGUUGCAUAUCUGGGGUUUGCAUUUUUCUUUUGUCCCAGUGCACAAAUAACUGGAUUUGUUUCUCUUGUAGCACCCAGAAACUUAUUUUUAUUUCUUUGGCUUUAACAGUUUUUCUCACAUUGUUUUUAUGUUCUUGGAAAUUCCAUGCAUUAUAGGCAAUGUGAGACCUCGAUUGACUCAUAGUAGAGAGCUAGAAAUGAAAACUACCCUUCAGGAACUACUGAUCUACAUCAUUUUCUUAACAGAUUUGUGUAUAUUGACAUUUGGUAUGGUGAGCACAGAUAUGUACUACCUAAAUAAAGUUAUGUUAAAUCUCUUCCUGGAAACUCCUUUAUCAGCUACAGAUAAAACUGACUUCACAACCAUGGCCAGCAUUACAGACUAUUGGCAGUUUCUAGAAGGACCACUACUGGAUGGCCUUUUUUGGAACUCAUGGUACAAUGAUAAUUCCACAUCGCUACAUAAAAACAGCAGUCACAUCUACUAUGAGAAUUUACUAUUAGGAGUACCUCAGAUUCGGCAACUAAGAAUCCGUAACAACACGUGCUCAAUCUAUCCCUCUUUCCGGGCAUUUAUGAAAGUAUGUUAUGGUCAAUACCGCUAUACAUAUGAGGAUAGAGAAAGCUUUGGCCUUAAGAACGAUUCUGCGUGGCAUUAUUCUACUUCUACCACAUUGUCUCCAUGGCACUGGGGCCUCAUUGGUCUAUACAGUAGUGGAGGAUUUAUGUUCACCUUGCCCAAGUCAAAGGAAAAAAGUUUAGACAAACUCUUGUUUCUCAGGGAGCAUAGUUGGAUUACCAGAGGGACAAGGGUCAUCUUCAUUGAUUUUUCAAUGUAUAAUGCCAAUGUUAACCUCUUCUGCAUAGUCAGACUCGUUGUGGAAUUUCCUGCAACAGGUGGUGUAAUCCCUUCCUGGCAGUUCCACUCUGUGAAGCUUCUCAGAUACGUCACCUAUUAUGAUUAUUUCCUGGCCUCUUGUGAAGUCAUAUUUUGCCUUUUCAUCUUCACUUUCAUUAUUCAAGAAAUUACAAAAAUGAAGAAGCUGAAAAAAGAUUAUUUUAGAGAUGCUUGGAACUGGCUGGACAUAUUACUGCUCCUGUUGUCUGUAUUUGCGAUUGCCUUCAAUGUUUACAGAACAGUUGAAGUGUCCAGGCUAAUGGAAAAUUUGCUGUCCAAUUCAGAUGCUUAUCCAGACUUUUAUUUCCUUGGAUUCUGGCAGACCCGUUAUAAUAAUAUGAUUUCAGUGAAUGUCUUCUUUGCAUGGAUAAAGAUAUUUAAAUUCAUAAGCUUUAACAAGACCAUGACUCAGCUGUCUUCUACUUUGUCCCGCUGUGCUAAAGACAUCAUAGGAUUCGCCAUCAUGUUCUUUAUCAUCUUCUUUGCAUAUGCACAGUUGGGUUACCUGGUAUUUGGAUCACAAGUGGAUGAAUUUUCCACUUUUCAGAAUUGCAUUUUUACCCAGUUUCGUAUUGUUCUUGGAGAUUUUAACUUUGCCAGUAUAGAGCAUGCAAAUCGAAUUCUUGGGCCAAUUUACUUCAUCACAUUUGUAUUCUUUGUGUUCUUUGUACUGCUGAAUAUGUUCUUGGCAAUCAUUAAUGACACAUACUCAGAAGUGAAAGCUGACUUUUCAGUUAUCCCAAGCAGAGAUUUUGAGAUCAGUGACCUUAUUAGACAGAGUUACAACAAAGCUCUAGUCAAACUCAAGUUGAAGAGGCAGACAUCACAGACAGAAGACUUAUACAGCUUGAAAAGGCCUUUUAGAAAAGGACAGUCCGCUUCCAGAGCAGAUGUUUCCAAGGCUUUCUCCAGAGAUUUCAGCAGGAAGACAAGAGCUCAGACUUCCACAUCUUCAGGAGGUCUUGAUUCUGUUUCUCACCGGGAAUUCCAGAAGCUCUCCAGAUAUGUUGCAGAAAUGGAGAAACAACUGAAAGAUGUGACAUUUAAACUUAAUGAGAUUAUGAAAUCUAUGUCCAGAUGAAUUGAUUCACCAAAAAGACUAAAGUAACAAGCGGUCAAAAGACGCAGAGUGCCGGGAGCUGACAUCCUGUCAUGGAUAAUAGCAAUGAAGAGUGUUUUGAAAUGAAAGAUCGACUCCACUAGCAACUUGUUUAAGCCUUCAAAUGUCACAGGAGACAAAAUAAAGUCUUGUAGUUUUAUAU